GGCAUACGCACUGGAACGUCGUGACUGCCUGAUUCUGUUGAGCGAAACCUCUUGCUAUACGAGUGCUGACUGGGCAAUAUACUUACAAUCGUAAUGCUGAAGCUCUGUAUAUUGGUGCUGGCAACUGCCAGUUACGUUUCAAAAGGCUCUCCUUCAUCGGGAACGCCUCCAAUUAGCAGGUUGUUUGACCUGUCGCCGGCUGGCAUCAGUGAUGCGAACACUUUCGUGGACAACGUCUUCAAGGAUAAUCUGCCACCACUCGUGAGGGGGUCGCCGCGGCUUUUCCCCUACGCGACCAUCGGAGACUUCAUCUUCACGGUGCCCAAGAACCGGAUCACCAACCGUGACUUGACGGUGAACGUGACAAGUGGCGAGAUCCGAGGCCUGGACACUGCCCUGCAGCGGAAGGGAGACUGUCAGGCGCCCUUCUUCCAUAACGGACGGACCGUCGUCUCUUGCAACAUUGCCAUACAGGGACUCAACAUUACGUUCACUUCGAUGGUAAAAGGAGAUUCCUUGGUCGCCACUUGGAAGACCAUCUGGGUGAAAGUAGACGUGACGGACAGCAAUAUUCAGUUCGAAGCCAUAACUCCCAUUGGUCCGGGCAUCGGGAUUCUCCGGGCAUUCCACAUCGAUGACAUUACGCUGGACGUCACGUACGACAGCAACCUCAGCCUCAACGAAGGUCGCCGCGAGAAGUUCAAGGAAGAAAUUGCGGCUAAAGUCAAGAAAGAGCUGCGGCGCAUUUUCUUCGAAUACAAGUCGCUUCUGCCCCGUGCUGUAGAGAUGUACAGGAACCCUACCCCCUACUAAGUCCAAUCUUUGAGAUUGUUGCAAUGGUCAAAGUGACCAUUGCAACAAUCUCAAUCUCAAGUGACCUUGUUUCGCGAAGUGAUGCCGCGAAACAAGGUCUUUCUUCAGCGGAUAGGCAUGCUUUGUUCUCCUAUGCGAAACGCUCAGUUUUCCUUGCGCAAACACUUCUACUAUCGCCUGUGCCACUGUACAGUUUAUUCAAGGAAAUCAAGGUCAGCGAAUGGCUUAUGCGAGAAUUGUAGCACCGGAAUUGCAACAUUGCAGUGGUGUUAGAAGAAGCAAAAAAAAGACGCUGAGUUUAUACGUUCCUGAAAUAAAGAAACUACUCAUUGAAA